UGCAUUCUGGGAAAAGGCAGUUUCCGUUAGGUGCUGCAGGCUGAAGCGCGCGACCGGCCCCAUUCCCACGUGAAGCGCUACGCUAGCAGCGCUCGGCGGGGCUGCUCCCAGCUCGCCGCGGAGCGUCCCGGCUGCAGCGGGGGAACCGGAAGUGGCUCGCAGAGACUCAGAAGCUAGUCCCGGAGCCCGGUGUGAGGCGCCUCGGAGCGUGGCGGCGGCGCCAUGUCCCUGAUCUGCUCCAUCUCCAAUGAAGUACCGGAGCACCCGUGUGUGUCUCCUGUCUCUAAUCAUGUCUACGAGCGGCGGCUCAUCGAGAAGUACAUUGCAGAGAAUGGUACAGACCCCAUCAACAACCAGCCUCUCUCUGAGGAGCAGCUCAUCGACAUCAAAGUUGCUCACCCAAUCCGGCCCAAGCCUCCCUCAGCCACUAGUAUCCCGGCCAUUCUGAAAGCUUUGCAAGAUGAAUGGGAUGCAGUCAUGCUGCACAGCUUCACUCUGCGCCAGCAGCUGCAGACAACCCGCCAGGAGCUGUCCCACGCUCUGUACCAGCAUGAUGCUGCCUGCCGUGUCAUUGCCCGUCUCACCAAGGAAGUCACUGCUGCCCGAGAAGCUCUGGCUACCCUGAAACCACAAGCUGGUCUCAUUGUGCCCCAGGCGGUACCAAGCUCCCAGCCAAGUGUUGUGGGUGCAGGCGAGCCAAUGGAUUUGGGUGAGCUGGUGGGAAUGACCCCUGAGAUUAUCCAGAAGCUUCAAGACAAGGCCACCGUGCUAACCACGGAGCGUAAGAAGAGGGGCAAGACUGUGCCUGAGGAGUUGGUGAAGCCAGAAGAGCUCAGCAAAUACCGGCAGGUGGCAUCCCAUGUGGGCUUGCACAGUGCCAGCAUUCCCGGGAUCCUUGCCCUGGACCUCUGUCCCUCUGACACCAACAAGAUCCUCACUGGUGGGGCAGAUAAAAAUGUCGUUGUCUUUGAUAAGAGUUCUGAGCAAAUCCUGGCCACCCUCAAAGGCCAUACCAAGAAGGUCACCAGUGUGGUGUUUCACCCUUCCCAGGACCUGGUGUUUUCUGCCUCUCCAGAUGCCACUAUCAGGAUUUGGUCGGUCCCGAAUGCCUCCUGUGUACAGGUUGUUCGGGCACAUGAGAGCGCUGUGACAGGCCUCAGCCUCCACGCCACUGGUGACUAUCUCCUGAGCUCUUCUGAUGACCAGUACUGGGCUUUCUCUGACAUCCAGACAGGGCGCGUGCUCACCAAGGUGACAGAUGAGACCUCUGGCUGCUCUCUCACCUGUGCACAGUUCCACCCUGACGGACUGAUCUUUGGAACAGGAACCAUGGACUCUCAGAUCAAGAUCUGGGACUUGAAGGAGCGCACCAAUGUGGCCAACUUCCCUGGCCACUCAGGCCCCAUCACCAGCAUUGCCUUCUCGGAGAAUGGCUACUACCUGGCUACAGCGGCGGACGACUCCUCUGUCAAGCUCUGGGAUCUGCGCAAGCUUAAGAACUUUAAGACAUUGCAGCUGGAUAACAAUUUUGAGGUGAAGUCACUGAUCUUUGACCAGAGCGGUACCUACCUGGCCCUUGGGGGCACAGAUGUCCAGAUCUAUAUCUGCAAACAGUGGACGGAGAUUCUUCACUUUACAGAGCACAGUGGCUAA